AUGGAUACGUGGAUUAUUUUCGUCUCCUUACCAUUCAUAGUACUGUGGUCUGCCAGGCUGACCGUGUGCAGAAGUGACCACCCAGAGAUCAGUGACCAAUCUCUAAGGCUUCAAGAACCGUGUUUCCCCUGCAAAUGUGAGAACGGUACUGCUUUGUGUGACAAUUUAGGUCUUACAUAUAUACCUCGAUUAUCGAAAGGUAUAUACAAUAUUACCUUUACAGGGAAUCGUUUACCGUCAAUUACUGAAGGAAAGUUUUCAAAUAUAAGUCAUCUGAACUUGAAGGACCUGGAUCUUUCUGACAAUAACAUUCGAUAUAUAUCCCCUAAGGCGUUUUCCACUCUACGCUGUCUCCAAAAUCUAUGUCUGAGAAGCAACAUAAUUCCCAUAUGGGUUUUAUCAGAAAGUUUCCUUGGCCUCAGCAAUGUCACCAGCCUCAAUCUGAAGGAUAUGCAUUUAAACAAUAUAUCAAGUGGUUUCUUCGAACAUAUGCCUACCUUGUCACUUCAAUACUUGGAUAUAAGCCAUAACUGCCUGGGACAAUUGAAUUUUGAUAUUCUUACGAAGUUUCAUGACCUGAAGAGUCUCCGAGUUGGCCAUAAUAGAAUAAAGACAGUGCAGUGGAAAUAUUAUCCUGCCCUUGAAGAGCUGUCGCUUGAUGAUUGCAACAUACAAGAUGUUCCCACUUUUUGCUCUGCAAAUGGAUCUUAUUUUCCAAACUUGAAAAAGUUGUUUUUCAAUCACAACCUUCUCUCCAAAAUAAAUUCCUCGUUCUUUGCAUGUCUAGAUAAGCUGGAGCUCGUGUCCCUGAACGGAAACCCCAUCCGUCAUAUUUUCUCGGGUACCUUGGCCUUUUUACCAAACUUACAAAAGGUAUUCAUGCAUCACAUGGAAAAUGUACAUUUUAUUGACGGCUAUGCUUUUAAUAACACCAACCUUCGUACGCUGAAUCUGCGAGGCAGCCGCAUAAUAUUAAAUGAGAUUGAUGCAAACGCGUUUGCAGGAUGCUACGGUCUACAGAUUCUUGACUUGGGUUACAACCAGCUCCAUACCAUGAACGAUUCCUUCUUUAACCAGAUGUUUAGAGACUUGCAUUCAUUGACGUAUUUAGGUCUUUUGUCCACACAACUUAAGGCAGUACCAACUGUUAUUCCUGGAGCCUUGUUCCAACUCGAGAUACUUUACAUGAACAAAAACAAACUUCAGAGCCUACCUAGAAACAUGUUAUAUCACCUGAGCAAGCUUACACAUCUUGAUGUAUCUUUCAACUUUAUCAGCACGAUUCACGAGGAUACAUUCCCGGAACAAAACCAAAAAACUCUGAAAUAUAUUAACCUUAGAAAUAAUUCAUUUUCCUGUUCAUGUGACAUGGAAUGGUUUGUUCAGUGGAUUCAGAGAGAUUAUUACAAAUUUCCCGGAUACCCAUCUUCUUAUACAUGUGCAUAUCCCCCUGAGUUCAAAUAUGCCCAAUUAUCUGAUCUGUCUUUCUCUGAACAGUACUGUCUGUUCCGGAAGACUGUAUAUGUAAUGCUGCUUGGGUUCGUCUCUUUGGGUGUGGUGCUUGUGGCUGUACUCUCUAUUAUUUACAAAUGUCGCUGGAAGUUACGCUACCUUCUGUACCUCAUCAACCACCUUGAAAUCUCUAAGUUGAGGGAUGACCAAAAUUGCACCUAUGACGGAUUCGUGGUCUAUUCCCCCAGUGACACAACAUGGAUUAUUGAGCACUUAAUUCCCUGCAUGGAGGAAAGAAAUGCACUAAAACUGUGUAUACAUGAGAGAGACUUCGAUGUUGGAGGUGCAAUCGUUGACAACAUUGUGGAGAGUGUGGAGACGAGUAGGAAGAUCCUCAUUGUACUGUCUAUCAAUACACUCCAAAGUGAAUGGUGUCAGUUUGAAAUGAACCUUGCCCAAAGACGAGCCGUUGGCGGAACUCAUACGAUCGUUGUGGUCCUCUUGAGCGACAUCCCUGGGAGGCUUUUCUCAUCCUCCAUAAACGCCAUUCUUGAGGAACAUCCGUGUGUAAUAUGGCCAGCGCCGCAAGAAGAUGAAACUGCUCGAGAUAUGUUCUGGGAACAACUGCUAGGACACUUUCGUAAUUAGAUUCACACAUGCCUAUAGUUUGUCAGGUAAUGAAGUGCAGCCCCUAUUUUGUUUGCCAGUUCAAAAACUGAUUUCACAUUUCUAGAAGUUUGUAUGGACACCUUUGGCAACUUACCCAAGUCAGAUAUAAAGACUGUUCGCUGUACGUAACAAAAAGGUUGUCUAUCUGACUGUUACUACUAAAACAAACAAUCGUGACCGUUGUGACAAAGGCUGAUUGGCAAUUAAGUGAACAUCAGUAGAUAUCUUUCAUAUUGCAGAAAACAAAAUUACUUUGAAAACAUCUCCUUAUCUUACUGUGUGUACAUAUGUAAUAUUAACUAUUAUAUAACUAUCAAUUAAUAUUAACUACGCAGGUGUGGGAGACAAACAUCUUUCUUAUAUGAAAAAAAUCGUCUUGAGAACCCAAUGAAAAAUUGGUAUUGGAAAGUUUGAAAGGUGCGC